CACAUCAGUUUCACAUCAACAUACUGGUCAACAUGUUCUCACCGACUCGGGGUUAUACAACUGACACAAGAUCCAACUCGCUAUUAACGGCGUUAUUAUAAAGACCUUAUGUUUUUGUGAUUGAUAUGAAAGCAUGCAUUUCAUGUCACCGUGGAGGAGGGAGGAUAAUAUUAAAUGUUGCUGAUUGACGAAAACACACGGAUUUUUCAGCCCAUGUUUUCAGAGACCAUGCACAACUAACCAACAUACAUCAUUGAUGAUUGAUAAGAGUGGGGUCGGGUGGCCAUGGACCCCUUCAGUCAUCUGAUUCUGCUCAUCUCUGUGGUGAGUUUCUGUACCUUCCAGUGGCUCUUUCACACCGUCAGCCCCUGGGUGUCAUCCAGAAUCAGCCCUGGCUUCCUCAAACUCACCCACAAACAGAAGAUCGAGUGGAACUCAAGGACCGUGUCCACCCUCCACGCCCUGCUGGUCGGCCUUUUCUGCCUCUACAUCCUGUUCUUCGAUGAGGCCGUCAAUCAAGACCCUGUAUGGGGAGAUCCUACUCUGGUGAAGAUAAAUGUGAGCAUUACGACAGGCUACCUCAUAUCUGAUCUGCUGCUUAUAUUUUACUAUUGGAGAGCAAUAGGAGACAAGUUUUUUGUAGUCCACCACCUGGCAGCAUUGUAUGCUUACUACUAUGUACUGGGUCAAGGAAUGUUGCCUUAUUUUGCUAACUUCCGUCUGCUAGCAGAAUUUUCCACGCCUUGUGUGAACCAGCGCUGGUUCUUUGAAGUAUUAGGUUACCCCAAAUUCUCCAAGUCCAACAUGACUAACGGGGUUCUAAUGGCGGCUGUAUUUUUCCUGGUGCGGAUCGCCGUCAUGCCAGUGUAUUACAGUCGAAUGUCCUCUGUUUACGGCACUGAGGCCUUCUACAAGGUCUCUUUUGGUGGCCGCAGCGCGUGGAUCUUCUCCAGUAUCUGCUUGGACAUCAUGAACAUCAUGUGGAUGCAUAAGAUCGCUCGCGGCUGCUAUAAAGUCCUGCGCUCCAGCCGAAAAUCCAAAGCCAUGAGUCAGGAGAAUGGAAAAACAGAUUGAGCACAAGCAAAAGGCCUGAAUGCAUUUUAAAUGUAUAUGCCACUUGCUCACGGACAGCAUUUGGGGUCUUGUUGUCGGUCUUCAAGAGCAGGUAUACGUUAGUGGGUGAAUGGGACAAUACAACCUUGUGGAGACCAGUACAGAGAAGGCAGACUUCCCAAGAGCAAUAUUUUCGGUCCAUGGCCAGAUCUUUCAACUGAGAAGACCUAAAACCUGACAGACCUCCUCCCUUUUUGUGCUCGUUAUGAAACUGUACACUGAAGGUGCAAAUAAUGCGCUAUUCGAGACCACAGCUAAAGCACCUGAACUGUAUUUUAACCAUGUUUGUUUUUUGACCCCAGAGGCUGGUUUUUAAUUCUCAAACUGUGGGCAGGUAAACCACGUUAUUUAUUCAUCAAAGUCCGUUCAGUCACUCUGAACCACUGUACUGUGCAAAGGGGUCAAGAGGUCAGCGAAUCGCCUGAUGUUCUUGUUCACUUUGAAGCCGGGUGUAUUGACUGUGAAAGAUGAAUCAAAACUGCACUCGGAAAAUCAGAGAUAGCAGGGUUUGCUGGAAGAAGAACCCUCCCUAUGGACAAACAAUUCUACUCGACUUGAUUUAUUUGUGAAUCUCUUGGAAAAUCAACCAUCACACUGAACUUGGGAUGUAUUAGAUCCUGAUGAAAAUGAUGGACAUGCAGAUCUGACUGCUUGUUAAUAUAGUUCUUAAAGGGAAAAUCUGGGAUAAAUAGCCAAAAUAAUCUUCCGCCUAUUUGAUUUAUGUGAGAUUGGAGUAGUAAUGCGGAACCCUUCUCACUAAACUGUUAGGGUUAGGGUUAGAACUGGUUUUGUUUUUAGGAGUCACACAUCAGUUUACAAACACACAAGAUUCAAAUGUAUGUUAAAUAGCCAAAAAGUUGGUAGUGUGAAACCCUUCUCACUUCAAUCCUGUUAAUACGAAACUAGUUUUGGUUUUGAAUGAAAUCUGUUUACACCUGCACCAGAUCCCGUUCUGAUUCCGUUCUGUUCCCACGAAACAGACUCUACACUAUGUUCGCACUGUACAGGUAACUGCAUGCGACAGUGUUGUUUUCGGAAUGUUUGCAUUGUACAUGGAACUUUUAUUGAACAUACGGUAAUUGUUUUAAUUAUGUAUCCAGUCAUUAUUGCAACUAUGGGUAAUGUUUUGCAAAAGGGAUUUAAAAGGAAUUCUAAAAGAGCUCGAGUUAGCUCAUGAAUAUUAGAGAAUUUUUGGGGCUUUGGUGUCAAAUAGAUUUCCUGCAUCAUACCUAAUUUAUUUAACCAGUUUUACACUUGGAGAGCAUGGUAAUGUUUGAACUACAUAUUUAUUAUUUUGUAAUGGAAAGAUAUAAAUGGUGUCAAUUUAUGUGAUUUAGAUAUACAGCAUAUGAGAGAAUACACAAUACAGAGAUACUUUCACAAAUGCAUUUUAAAAAUGUAUUGUCACUAUAUAUGAGGAAUUAUUGUAGAAUAUAUUCACAUGUGCAUUCAGUGGCGACACAGAUAUGAGCACUUAGGUUUUAUUGAAUGAAAUAUUAAAAGGUAUGAAAGACAGUUGAGAUGAAAGAAUGCUUUUCAUCGCUCUGAUGCAUAACGGUUAUGUUUUUAAAGAACAAAGUACUUGAAUUUGUAUCUAUAUUAUUUCGAGAGAAUCCUUGUUGUGAUUUUUGCCUUUGCAUUCAAUCACUCAAAAUGCCUUUUUGUUUGUUUUUAAAUAAAGAUAUUUUAUUUACUUGGUUUAGUGUCAUAUUAACACAUGGUUCAUUGUAUGUUCAUGUAAUGGAUGUACAAACCAACUUUGAUUGUUUUUAUGGGUUUUUUCCUCGCCAAUGUUACAACCAAAGGUCUGAAGUAAAAAUGACUGUUUGAAAGAUGUGUUUUUAAUCUUAAAUAUGAAACUAAAUGGUGAUACACCAACACAAAGAAGGUUUUUUAUACUAUUUUAAAAUGCAAACUGCAUAUGGGCCAACAGAAUUGUUGCAUAGAGUAUAAAAUACAGCAAAGGGAAAGCAGGGACAAUGAUUUAUUCAAUAUGUUUUAAAAACCUCUUGCAAGUUAUUUCCACAGCACUGAUUCGAUUAUAAAGAGAAAAGCAUCACAUUUUUUGUCUUCUGUUUGCCAAAUCAAUUUUGAAUUAUUCUUUCAUUAAAAUGCUAAAUCUCCAGUGUUAGGAAGUGUAUCCUUGCUAGAUAUUAGAGCUUUAAAAUAUUUUUAUGUAAAAUAAUGUCUUAAAAGUGUGGACACUGGACCCUGCAAAUACAUUGUAGUCAAAAUGUUCAAAUUUGACACGUGGAAUGUGUAAAGAUCGAGUAUCAUGACCGUUUCUGUUUUUGUUACUGACACAUUUCAUGUUCUGAUUUUAUGUCACAGGAAAUUGUUUCCAUGACUAGGUUUACAUAUAUUACCAAGGUGGCUACAGGGUUUGUGUUCCCACAUACCUAAGGAAUGAAUGACAGUCACAGUAAUGUUUUUUUUUUUUACAUUUAUUCUUUCAAAUGUCUUUUUCACAUUUUUCAUUUACAUUGUCAUUUUCCUCAAUAAAGCAAUAUGUUCAC